CUAGAACCCGCGGCCUGUGACUGUACACCCCCUCAGGACCACAGGCUCAUUAGGCUUCUUCUCACAGAGCCACUGCAAGAGCCCAAAAAUCUGCAGGAGGCGGAGGUCCCCAUCGUGGCAGAUGAGAUCUGUCGGCAGCACUAUGGCAAUGUUAUCCAGGACGACAUGCUGUGUGCCGGGAGCCAGGGCCGGGGCAUCUGCCAGGGUGACUCUGGCGGCCCCUUGGUCUGUAAAUGGAGGGGCACCUGGGUCCAGGUAGGCGUGGUGAGUUUGACGCAGGAGCACUGUCUUCCCAACUUUCCUGGAGUCUAUGCCCGAGUGACAUCCUUCUUGCCUUGGAUCCACGGUCAUAUUCUUUCCUCUCCUUGAGCCCGGGGCCAGGCAAGGAUACUGCCCAUGAGAUGAAGACAGGCCCUCCAGGGUGUCUGGGGGUCCCUCCCUGCUCCCUCCCAGUGCCAGCUCUUCAUUGCCCCUAGUGCCUCCUACACCCCCUGCCCCCACCUGCUCUGAGACCCUCCGGCCUCAGCACCUCCAUCAGCCUCUCUCCCCUG